ACUAGCUAAUUUUUUCGAGGAUUAAUCAAAUUUCCAAAGACGCUUAUUAUGCAGAAUAUUCGUAGACUCCUGUUGAAAACAAAACCAUUGCGUUACAUUGCGAGGGUCAACCAUGUGCGAUAUGCUUGUGCGGAAAGUGGAGCGAAGGCGAAGGGACUUGUGAUUGGCGUGUACCAAAAGGAGGGCGACAAGGAUCCCAAGUUGACGACGGCGGGUGAAAAGAUAAAUGAUCGAUUGGGUGGCAAGUUGACAGAGAUGAUAUGCGAGACAAAGAUUGAUGGCAGACUGGGACGCGGCAAGGUAUUCAAUAAUAUUGAUCAGGACUUCAGAAGUAUAGCUGUCGUCGGUGUGGGCCUCGAGGGCAUUGGCUUCAAUGAGCUGGAAAUGCUGGACGAGGGCAUGGAGAAUGUUCGCAUUGCCGCUGGCAUUGGUGCACGAUCAUUGCAGCUAGUCGGAUGCACUGAGGUGUCCAUCGACGGCAUGGAUUAUGCCGAGCAGGCGGCCGAGGGUGCCAGUCUGGCCAUUUGGCGACACAUGGAAAUGCUCAACAAGAAAUAUCGUCGAGUUGUGCCUAAGCUGGAUCUGUACAAUUCACAUGAUCAGGACGGUUGGACUCGUGGUCUGUUCAAGGCGGAAUCGCAGAAUCUGGCACGUCGUUUAAGCGACGCGGCUGCCAAUUGCAUGACGCCCACGUUAUUCGCCCAGGCCACUGUGGACGCGUUGUGUCCCUGCGGCAUCACCGUGGAGAUACGCACCAUGGACUGGAUAGAGCAGCAGCGGAUGCAGUCCUUCCUCAUGAUAGCCAAGGGCUCCUGUGAGCCACCCGUGCUCAUGGAGAUCUCCUACUGCGGCACUUCGCCCGAGGACAAGCCCGUGAUGUUUGUGGGCAAGGGUAUUACCUUCAACUCCGGUGGCAUUAACCUGCGUCCUUGCGAGGGCAUGGAUGAGUAUCGGGCCAGCAUGUCCGGCGCGGCAGCAUGUGUGGCAAUGAUGCGUUGUGUGGCCGCCCUCUCACUGCCCAUCAAUGUGGUCCUCAUCGUGCCCUUGUGCGAGAAUCUGCCCUCAGGCAUGGCAACAAAACCCGGUGAUGUUUGCACCCUGCUCAAUGCGAAGGCGAUGGCCAUACGCGAUCUUGACAAGGCGGGAGUUGUGGUAAUGGCCGAUCCACUCAUCUAUGGCCAGACGACUUAUAAGCCACGUCUGGUGGUCGAUGUGGCCACAAUGGGCACGGGUGCCAAAAAGGCAUUCGGUGGUGGCGCCUCUGCCAUUUUCUCCAAUUCCCAUUACAUCUGGAAACAGUUUCAGCGUGCUGGCUCUCUAACCGGAGAUCGCAUGUGGCGUCUGCCACUGUGGCAAUACUACAAGAAGCAAGUCACCGAUGAACUUGGCUAUGACAUCAGCAACGAUGGACGUGGCUUGGCCAACUCCUGUCUGGCGGCUGCUGUGCUCCACGAGCUGGUUCCCUGUGCGGAUUGGGCGCAUAUCGAUACACGGGGUUCGGGUAUGCUCAGUCAGUAUGGUAUCAUUCCGUAUCUGAACACCUGGCGCAUGACGGGACGGCCAACGAGGACAUUGGUGCAGUUCCUCUAUCAGCUGGCCUGCCCCGAACAAAAGUAGGGGACCGAGACAACAACGAACAAAAAGGAUACGUUUCCAUUGACUGAGAUAAUUUUAUCAAUUUAAGCGCAGUUUAUGUGUAGCUCUUUCGAUUUGUAGGCAUACAGAGUCAAUACAAAUAAAAUUUUUAAAUUUUUGUAA